AUGGCGUCACCACAGGCAGUCAUCACCGACCUCGACUUGUCAGCCAACCAGCUGCGACUGCUGCUGGGGCCAUGGCUCACCGGACUGCCCCAGCUGAUCCACCUGGACGUGUCCCACAACCGGCUCGUCGCACUGCCAUACGAUGCAUUCCGUGCCACACCCCAGUUGAGAUUCCUGAAUCUCAGCCACAACAACCUCACCACACUUGGACCCUUCCAGUUUGCACUCGUCCCCACACUCUCAAUGCUACGAGUGCGCUCCAACCAACUGGCUGAGAUCAGUGUCGACUGCUUCAGAUACAACAGUGCGCUUACGUCGUUGGACCUGGGAGACAACCAGCUGACACAUCUUCCAGAGGAGCUGUUCCAGAUGACCAAGUCCCUGAGGGAGGUGCGGCUGGACAGCAACAGGCUGCGCUCUCUCUGGCAGCGGGCUUUCCAGCACACUCCAGACCUGGAGAUGGUGGAUCUCAGUGGAAACCGCAUAGGAGAGGUGGCAGCUUCUACCUUCUCCAGCACACCUCUGCUCAAGGACCUCAGCUUGGCUCACAACAGGCUAGGCUUCCUCUACAAUGACACCUUCAGGAGGUGCCCAGAGCUGCAACGCCUCAACCUGGAGGGCAACCUUCUGCGCCAGGUGGGAGCGACACUGAUGGCAGCCAACCCCAACCUGGAGGUGCUCGCCUUCGCCAACAAUGAGCUCUCCAGGGUAGAAGACGGCGCCUUCGUCGCCAACCCCAGGCUCAGGGUCCUCACUCUAGGGCACAACAAGCUGGAGUCACUCAACCCGUCCAUGUUCGGCAAAGACGCAGCACUGGAGGAGUUCCACGUGGAAGCCAACCAGCUGCCCUCAUUGCCAGGGCAGCUGAUGGGAAACCUCACAAACCUCACCAUCCUAAACGUCAGCAACAACAGGAUGGAGACGCUACCUGAAGGACUGCUUUCGAAGCUGUCGCGGCUGGAGACCUUGGUGGUCACUGGAAACCACAUCUCGUCCCUGGAGUCCGGUUCAUUCCAGGGACUCUCCAGGCUGCGCACCCUCAUGUUGGGCAGCAACGCGCUGAGCUUCCUACCUUACGACAUCUUCAACAGCUGCCAGAUGCUCGAGACGCUACUACUGGAGGGGAACCAGCUGAAUAACUUGGAUCCUGCUAUUUUCGAAAGCACCAGCCAACUUCGGUACUUGGACCUGUCCCACAACCGCUUCUCCCGGCUGGACCCUCGCGUGUUGGAGAAGCUGUCGAGGCUGAGGACGGUGGCGCUGGACGGAAACCCGUGGCAGUGCGACUGCCUCCUCGCCGACGUGCUCGGCAGGAUCCGCGACCGGCAGACCACGGCCGGCCAGCGGCCCCUGCUGUGCCAGGGUCCAGAGGACUGGCGGGACAAGGCGGCACAGGACGUCAUCAGCAGGCUCUCCUGCGGCACAGCCAGGUCCGCCUGA